AUGGGGCGCCUGCUGGCUGCGGCCACCACAGUGUUGAUGCUGGCGGGCGCCGCGCUGGCCCAGGGAACCAACUACAAGUGCAGGCAGGGUUUCUUCGAGUGCGCUGAUGUGGUGAAGGUGGGGCGCCCCAGCACCGUGGAGGAGCUGCAGGCCAUGGUGGCCAUGUUCCCGCAGGUCAAGGCCUCCGGCGUGGGCCACAGCUGGUGGAGGGAGCAGUUUUGCGCCGGCAACGACAGCCGCGCCGUCAACAUCGUCACCACCGAGCAGCAGGCGGUGCUGGACUUCAUGGCGGCGCCGGUGGACCCGCAACAGUGGGUGGGCAAGCAGGUGCCCGCCGGCUUCCCCAUCCAGGUGAACGAGCUGGACGAGGAGGUGACGGUGGCGGCAGGCAUCACGCAGCGCGCCCUGCUGGACUACCUGUCUGACUACAAGUAUUGGAAGCAGCGCUCUGGCUGGACCUUACCCGCGUUCUCAUGGUUUUUGGACCAGACCAUUGGUGGGGCCGUCGUUACCGCUACACAUGGCUCUUCUAUGAAGUAUGCGAGCCUUGCGGCACAGCUGCGCCGCCUGAAGCUGGUGCUUGCUAACGGCACGAUGCUGGAGCUGUCGCCCAAGUCCAACCCCCACCUCUUCAUGGCGGCGGGCGUCAGCGUGGGCCGCCUGGGCAUCGUCACCGAGGUCACCCUAAAGAUCAAACCGCAGCAGGCGGUCCAGCGCAGGCUGCAGGCGCGUAAGAUGCAGCUGGAGCUGGGGCCUUCACCCUGGCUGUCAGUCGGCAGUGUGGCCGGCGACAAGCCGCCCUCGGCAUCAGACGCAUGCCCACCCUUGCCGCGCUACCCGCUGGUGCAGGAGCUGUCGUUCCAGGACUUUGCGGCGCAGGUGCUGGAGACGCAGGAGGCGUACAAUGCCGCCAAGCAGGCCAACGACGUGGACGGCAUGCGGCGCGCGCUGUUCCAGGCAAGCCUACCGGCAUCAGCUGCCAGCAGUGCUGGCUGGCUGGCGGUAGAUGAGACGCAGGCGUUCUGGGCCCUGCCCACCGCCUCUGUGCAGCGCACCGACUACGAGCACCUGGACCACGAGCCGCUGGCUGUGCUGCUCAACGCCUUCCCCGCCAGCGAGCCCGUGGCCAUGAGCGGCCCCGAGGACGAUGUGUAUGCCCAGGUGGAGAAGAGGGCGGUGGCGGCCAACUCCCGCAUGGCUCUCAACUCGCGGUUCUGGUCCAACCUGUAUGUCACCCAGCUGCGCAACAAAGUGGCUGCCGGCACCUUCGAGUCGCGCAAGGCCUUCCUGUCCAUGGCCGAGUCGGAGACCCAGGUCACCUCCACCUUUGCACCCUACGACCAAUACGAGGUGGCCGUGCCCAUCAGCAGGGCCGGCAGCUGCCUGAUGGAGGUGGGCAAGGAGGUCUAUGGCGACGCCAAGCUGUGGGACGGGGCCAGGACCCCCUUCCUCGUGCGCUUUGUCACGGAGGAGGACUUUUACCUAUCGCCCACCACCGAUGGGCCUGCCAUGUAUGUGAACAUGGAGGACUAUGUGAGCCGCAGCAGCGGGCGCCCCAACGACCAGUUCCAGCGCAUCAUGCAGCUCUUCCGCCAGCGCUGCGGCGCGCGCCUGCACUGGGGCAAGGCCGGCUGGCCGCAGCACGCCAAGUGCUUCAAGGGCAGCAUUGAGUACCCGUCCACCUGGUGCUCCUUUGGCUGCGCCGUACAGGAGCUGGACCCUCAGGGCAAGUUUGCCAGCGAGUGGGACGGGUGGAAGUGGUCUGCCACCCUCAACGGCAACCCCAUCCCCCUGGCCUCCUGCUGCACCUCCAAGGGCUUCUCCCCCAGCUGCCAGUGCGCGGCGCGCACCGACUGCUGA